UCAUACAGAUUCUUGCUCCGUUGGUGUCCAGCUAUCAAGUCUCUAAGAAUGCCUUCUUCUUGGAUCGGAUUGAAUCACUUGUUAUGAGACUAGUUGAUCUCUACCCGGCUCACGACCAGAUUUGUGCGGACUGUGACGCGCAGGUCGAAGAUAUCGUUGAUUCCUGGAUGCCGAUAGAGGCACUGUUUGCUAUCCUACCAUCACCUGCAACGGAGCAUCUAAAGUGUGUAUCAGAAUCCACUGUCAGCCUGCUGAAUGGUUGGUCCAUACUUCAGACACAGGAGUUUCCAAACAGCAAGAUGAUCCUUGAAAUGGCUCUUUGGAAACGACAGCAAGGUGAAGUGCAGUCCGAGGAUAGGUCGCCGUGUGUCGAUGAUGAUGUGUUAGCCAUAGGUUUCAAUGGUUUGGACCGAAAUUCGAAGAAAAAGUCUCCGAUUGACACCUGUGCAUCGGCUGAGAUCUUGUCUGAGAAGCUCCAGCGAAGAUCUGUUGUUGGAGAAACGGUUGAAGAAAUACAUGCAUCCGCGGCACAGUAUGGUCAACAUCAGCGACAAGCCCACGACUGGAGUAAAAAGUGCUAUAGGGCUCUUCUGCAAAAGAUCCAGAAGCGAGCCCCUAAGAAUGCAAUCGUCGAAACGGCCGCACAGCUCCUGCGAACGUUGUUACAUCUUUGGCAAGACACGGCCGAGGAUACAUUCCGAUCCUCCGCACUCAAUGUCCAUCAGCUGAUGCAAACAUAUACGGACAAAAAUAAAGUCGAAGCUGGUAUCAUCGUACUUCCCGUUUUUGCUAUCGUCACGGGAAAUACUACUAAAAGCCAAAUACAAUCACUACACCGUGACCAUUGGGUACUCUCCGCCUCCGGCUUACCGUACUCCAUUGUGAUAUCUGGAGUAAAGAAACAAUGUUACUCAGGAGAUUUGGAUGAAGUAAUGCAACGAAAAACUCUACAUCAUCCUUGUCGGAGUGAGGACUUGCACACUAACGUAUACAACCAAGAGAUGCCCGCAGACUUCGAGGAAUUUAUACCGACUUUAGAUCUUUCUGCCCCAGGAGGGUCUGCGUUGUUCCAAGGCAAGCACAGCUUUCAGGACUACGAAGACGAACGGGCUCGCUCGCACGUUCAGGACGAAAGGGAUGGCGUUAUGAGCAAAGAGUCUAUCAUUAAGGAGACAAUGGACACUAUCAAGAACGACUUCGAAGUACUGGCACAAAGGAGAGGUGAUACUGAGGAGCCUCAAAGUGUUGCUGACAUGGUCAUCGCUGAUUUAGAAGCGCAAUUCUUUGAGGCGCAAAGGAUGAAAGCCAGGCCAUUAUACGGUAGACGCCAUGACGGGUUUAGCAACAACCUGCAUGUCGAGAAGCACGCGCAACCAGCUGGGGAAAUGAAGGCAGCGAUUAGAGCCUGUCGUAUUCCUCCAAGCUGA